UGCAAGAUGGCUGCAGCAACUUCAUCGACCACCUUAUCCUGUUUCAUUAAGACAUCCUCGUUUUCGCAACGUACCCUGAUACCGUCAAAAAAAUUUUUGCAAUUGUCGCACAGACAAAGUCUUGACAGGAGGUUGAAGAUUCAUUUGUUUUUUUGUUAAUUUAUUUAUUGAUUUAUGUAUUGGAAAAAUUUAUAUCAAAAUCAAGACUUUCAUGUUAAAAUAUUUAUUGUGUGUGGUGAUUUAAAUAUAUCGAUACGAGAAGGCGAAUAGAAUUAAAUCCACUUUUUUACUGCAUAAACGCCGAUCGUGCGAAACGAGAAUUUUCGGAAGCAGAAAAAUUUGCAGAAUGCUUGUCAAACUGAGGCAGCAAAUCUAUAGCAACAAGAAAAAAAUUCAUUAUGGACCAGUGCUCAAUUGUCAACCAGAAUCUUGGUGUGGUUAUUGUUCAAACUGCUUUAGGAAUAGUGUGCAUAAACCAUUUGAUGGAAAUAUAUGCAGCAAUCUUCAUUAGACAGUAACAAUAUGGACAUUUCAUUUGAUUGAUGAUGAUUUUGAUGGUAUACUUACCUUUACUAGCAUAGAAACAAAUAUCAAGGAUCUUUAGAAUUAAGUUAAAAAAACAAAGUACAUUUUGGAUUGGUAAAAAAAGUUGAGACUUUUCAAAUAUUCAUCUAAAAACAGCAUAUAAAUAUGAUAUAAAAAGUAUUAUACAUUUUUUGACACAUCCCACAAAUAGUUUAACUCAGAAAAAUACAACUAAAACAAAAGUCAUACAUUAUUUUAUGUAAGGUAUAAGCUGUCAAAGGCUUGCAAUUUUAGUUCUUACAGUUUUAAAAUAAGAGAUUCAAAAGCAAUAAGCAGUUAUAAAAGAUGUCAAAGAAAUCAUUAAAUAAAUGUAACAAUGCAAAUGGUCCCAUCCCUUCAAAAGAAACUUUUGUAAGAAUGAACACAGAAGCUGAACCAGCAGGUUUUUCAACAAUCUGUGGAUCUAAAUCUGGCUUAGAUUCUUUAGCUCCAGAUAAACUUGUUAAUGUCAUAGUCAAAGACAAGACACAUCCAAUGGCAAAAUUAUUAAUAGGUAAUAUGAUUGGCUUGAACAACGAGGAAUCAAAAAUUGUAGCUGCUUAUCAAACUUUAACUACUAUAAAAAAUCAAGAUGAUUUUUCAAAAUCAAAAGAAUAUAAACUGAAGAAUAAAUUUUACAUUAAAAACAAACACAAAAACAUUCUCAACAAACAAAGAAGAGAAAUAGCUAAUUUAGCAAUUGAUGCUAAAUUUGAAACUAUUACAAGAGCUACAAGAAGUGGCAGGUUACGAUCACCAAGGAAAAGAUUAUCAAAAGCCGAAGUGGUUCCUCAGCGAAAAAUGAUCAAUGUGCCAAGAAUACAAUCAAAAAAUUUUACGAUUCAUAAAUCAGAAAAAGAAAUUAGAAAGACAGUGGGUAAAAAAAAAACAAAAUUAAAAGAAACAUCGACACAAUGUGAAUUAUUGAAACCAACUUAUAUCAAUAAGGGAACGCAAACUGAGCGUGUCUGCGGCAUUGAAACGAUUGAUGAAAACGGCAUGAAAAUCGAUCUGAUAGAAAUGGACGAUGUAAAAGAAGAACCCCAAAAUAUUGAGUCGAAUAAUGACACUGAGUCUCUCUGCAAUAAUAGUUUACCGCCUAGAACUUAUAGUUCAGCGUUUGCAGUUGUUCGUACAUCCAAUGUUAAUUGUCGCAUAGCUCUUUUACGCUCUAUCGGUUUUAAGCCCAUUAAUCCAAAAUCGCCAAUUAUAGAUGAUGAACAUGGUCGAGAAUCCAUCUGUCCUCAAGCCGAUGAGGAGUACAACAAAUAUAAUAGUGAAGAAACAGAAGACGUUGGUUACAUGAAUGUCUCACUACAUUACGAAGACUUAGAGGAGGAAAUUACCCAAGAAAUGCUACAUACAGUGCCACCACCGUUAACUAGUCUGACAGAAGCAGACUUUAGCCGUGCAUGGCAUGGCUGGCAGAAAGUACGUAUCAACGGAAAGGAUUAUUGGUCAGGUUAUUAAACCGAGUGACAGUCGUCUACACGAAGUUAAUUAAUAUAUUUUUAAGAUUUAUUGUUUGUUAUUUGCAAUCUAACCGAAUGCUGGCCAUUCCGAAACAUUCAUAAAGUUAGACCACUAUUGUAAAUAUUUAUAUACAUAUGAUGAAAUAUAAAUACGCCAUGAUAGAUCUGUGUGACGCUGAGGAACAUAGCUAUUGGUUCUAGUAGUCAUUUCAUCGCUCUUGUGGUACUCACGAACAAAAUACGCGAGCAAGUUCUUGCUAAAAUGAUCGAAUUUUCCAUCAGUGUACACUGUUGUCUUUUAGAGACCUAUUGCAAGUAAUUAAACUCGAAAUUUACGAUCGUCAUUAUUAAAUCACGUUGAGAAUAUGCGGGAAUCCCGUGAGAUUUUAAUAUGUCAACUCCAUAGCAUUUGUGUAAAAACUUGUCUCGUAUCGUAAUGUUUAUGUUAAAUUAGCAAUUUUUUCUUGCCUUGAAAAUAAUUUCUGAUCGUAUGUAAACUCGAACCCACACAAAAAACAUGCAUCACAUGACGUUUUUUUAUGAGUUUUGAAAUACAGCUUAUCUUAUUUUUAAUAAUCAAAUUCUGAUUGCGGAAAUGCCCAUCAAGCUUUUAAAUCGAAACUAUGACUAGGUAAUCUUCAGAAACUGUACUUUUGAAAAACAAAUCUAGUGAGUGGCGCGCCUCUUCACCCGAAUCUUCUACAUUCUCGAGGAAAUUCAAUUUGAAUUUUAGUCUUUUAACAAAUCUUUUGUAUAAUCUCAUUAACCCAACAUGUCUCAUCGUUAAUUGUUGCCAAAUUAUGAGAAAACAUGGUUUUUGAGUUGUAAAAUCGAGUGAAAUUUUCAUUUUGAGUGUGUUUUUUAAAAAAAGUUAAGGGGGAGUACCGUCUACUAUGACGUAACCCCUAACAGUUAGAUAAUAUUUUUCCGAUUUGAAAUUUAUAUAGUAAUAUUAUGUGUACAUCAAUUAUCUAAUUUUUACAAAAU